ACAAGCACUUGUGUAUUCCACUUUUUCCGCUCUUAGUGUUUACGAUUUUUGUCUGUGUCAUUUUUUCAUGUUGUAAAGGUAAACGUAUUUCGUUUUUGUUGUUUUUUUUGUCUUGGAAAUGGAAGCGGUGCCUUGCUUCCGUGUGUCUCAAUGCCGUGCACAGAAAUUAAGGGAAAACCUCCAGUCCCAAGAUUUCCUGGACCGAAGUUUAUGUAUUGUGAAAGAGCCGACUGGGACCGUCCUUGUGCCAAUUUUACAUUCAUGUUUACUGCAAAAUGUGCUUGCCUUUGUCAAAGAUGUGACAGUUGUUUGGUGCGAGCCUUCUAUGUUCGCCAAGAAGGGAAGAGACAGGAGGAAGGGUGACAAGCUUGAAGAUGUUCUGCAGGAGUUGUUGGAAUCUCAUGGAGAAAGUUGGACGAAGGAGGUGAAGGAUGAUCUCCCUCGGAGCUUCCAGCGACAUGGAGAUUUAGUCCUGCUGGGGCAAAACUGUUUCUCCCUACCUUUAUGGAAGAAAAUCGAUCAACAGCUAUGGCCCGCAGUAGCCAAAGGCUUAGGAGCCAAACGACUGGCGAGGAUGAGCCGAAUAUCCAGCAACGGCUUCCGAUCUCCUCAAGUGACUGUGCUCCUGGGAGAGCACAACUGGGUCAAACAUGUAGACAAUGGCAUUACGUAUGAAUUUGAUGUCAGCAAAUGCAUGUUCUCUGCUGGAAAUAUAACAGAGAAGCUACGGGUUGCUGGGUUUGACUGCAGGGGUGAGACUGUGUUCGAUUUAUAUGCAGGUAUAGGAUACUUCACACUUCCAUAUCUGGUCCACACGGGUGCUGCACAUGUCCAUGCCUGCGAGUGGAACCCACAUGCUGUUGAGGCGCUGCGUAAAAACCUCGUGACCAACCGAGUACAUGACCGCUGUACAGUUCACCAAGGGGACAAUCGACAAGUUCAGCUGUGUGACAUUGCAGACCGGGUGAACCUGGGCCUCAUUCCGAGCUCCGAGGACGGCUGGCCUGUCGCUUGUCGCCUGCUGAAGAAAACAACUGGCGGACUUUUACACAUUCAUCAAAACGUUACAUCCGCAAAUGUCGUGGCAUCGCAUGCAGUGGAUGAUGGCGACAACAGCGUAUCCGGGAAGAGAGCAGACAGAGAGGCGUGGCAGGCCUGGGCCCACGCCGUCGCGAACCGCAUUGCAUGUCUUUUGAAGAAACUCACUGCCACCACGUGGACAACGAACAUCCAACACAUUGAGCAUGUGAAGUCAUAUGCACCUCAUGUGCAUCAUGUUGUGUUGGACUUGGAGUGCAGACCAGCCUGAAUGGAGAUAACAAUACGUACAAUCAUACAUGCAGUAUGCACAUAAAACACUGAGUCCUGCUCCUUAGGUUCAAUGUAAUUCAUAAAACAGUGAACAGUU